AUGUCAAGAAAUGUAUCCACUGCAAAAUAUAGGAUCAACUACGCCUACCGCAUCUACAAACAGGAGGUGGGACAGGAGGAGUUCAGGCAGAAACUGGCAGAACAGUUCACGCCCCAGCCAGACCCCGGUCUGUUCAGCAAGGUCAGCCUCAACUCCAAGGUCGACAAGCUGCGGCUGGUGUUCUCCUCGUCGUCCCUGGCAACGGGGAAGCGUCCAUUCCACGCCGUGGGGGUGGGCGCGGUGGGUAACGCGACCGUCGUGAGCGAGCCGACCUUCCCCGAACACGAGUUCUUCAAGCCGGGGCGAGUCUUCCCCAUCCGUAUCCGGCACUCUAACUUCAACCAGGUUGACGACGCCAGUAUCGACAUCCGGGGCGCCGCGCUGAAGUUUGAUGACGUGGACGUGGAGGGGCCGUUUGACCUGCUGAUGGCGACGGGAGCCAUGGCGCCCUACUGGAACAUCUCCAGCUUCGAGGAGUACCUCAACUCCCGGGGGUCCGCCGAGAAGACAAGGGCCUGGCUCUACAACUUCCCGCAGAACUACUACGCGUAUGUUGACGGUUGCCGUCGCGCUCCCCGGUCCUACUCUACCCUGCACUACUACUCCCAGCACAUCUUCCAGUUCCGCGGCAAGGACGGCGUCCUGCGCUACGUGAAGUACCGCAUGCUGCCGCUAGAUGACGCUAUUGAGUCGGGACUGCUGAGCCACGAGGACCAGAGAUCAAUCUGGGACCCCAAGCGCCUGCCAGACGAGGAGCGUGCGCAGAACUACCUCCGGCAGGAGUUUGCCGAGCGGCUGAAGAAGGGACCGAUCAACUACAAACUGCAGAUCCAGCUGCACAAGUUCCGCCAAGGAGACUCCGAGGAAAUCUUCAACGCCUCUAGGGUCUGGGACCCGCAGAAUCACCCGUGGAAAGACCUGGCCGACGUUGCUGUAACGACGCUGCUGCCUGACCACGUGACGGAGAAGACGAGCUUCGCGCUGGGGAACCAGCCGGACAGCCUGGGGCUGGUGGUGCCGAAGACCGUGCAGGACUACAACAGCGUGCCGCACAUCCUGUCCCGCGCCGUCCCCGCCUCCAACACCGCCGUCAGGAUCCGCGCGCCCAACCAGGAGGCGCUGGAGGGACGCAAACAGACGUACACAGUCCAGGUGCGGACGGGUAAGGCUAAGGACGCGGGAACCAGCGGGACGAUCGCCGCCAGCCUGACGGGACCACACCGGCGGACAGGACCCAUCCGCCUCAACCAGACGUCCUUCCAGCCAGGCAAGGACGCCAACUUCGAGAUCGAGGGAGGAGACGUCGGAGAGGUGCUGAUGCUGACCCUGGAGAGUCCAUCCGGGACCUUGCGGUCGCCAUGGUACCUUGAGAACGUGGUUGUGACUGACAGGAGGCGGGGCCGGCGGUACGAGUUCCCCUGUCAUAACUGGGUACAAGACAAGGUCACGCUCAGGCAGGGACGAGCGUCCCUGCCUGACUUCGACACGGAGGUUCUGAGCGCCCAGCGGGACAUGGAGACUCAGCAGCGCCGUCAGACCAUCAAGUGGAAGCACGACCUGCUGGGUCUGCCGGGAUACAUCAAGGCGGAGAAACACGAGGACCUGCCGAAGGACCUGCAGAUCGGCACCGAGAAGAUCCGAGACUUGACCCGGAAACUGGACAAGAUCGAGAAGGGGGACUUCCCAGAUAUGGUGGAGCGAAUGGGGAUGGCAACUCUGGCGGAGAAGCUGCGAGGCAUGGGCGAAUGGUGGAACAACCUCCGCAUAUUCCAACGCGCGUUGCCCUCUCCACCAAGCAGAUGGAAGGGGAUCGAGGACUACGAGCGGAUCAUGAACACGGUGUGCCCCACCACGCCGGCGUGUAUCGAGGACUGGGCGAGCGACGCGGAGUUCGGCAGACAGUUCCUGCAGGGCGUGCACCCGUCCGUGCUGCAGAGGUGCGACAAGGUACCGCCGUACUUCCCGGUCCCAGAGGAGGCCGUCAGGCGGUCUAUGGACGUUGGGAAGACACUGAGGCAAGCUGUGGUGGCAGGAAAUGUGUACCUGGCCGACUACGCCAUCUUGGACGGCGUCAUCGCCAACAACGUCAACAACGUGCCGUACUUCACGACGUCACCGCUCGCGCUGUUCUACGUCAACUCCGCGGGAGAUUUCCUGCCCAUCGCCAUCCAGCUGUACCAGGCGCCGGGGCCGGAGAACCCCAUAUGGACCCCCAGCGACUCGGAAAGCGACUGGUUACUGGCCAAGAUCUUCCUGCGUAACGCGGACGCCUUGGUGCAGCAGCUGCAGGGUCACAUCCUGAAGACACACCUGGUCCUGGAGCCGUUCGCCGUCGCCGCCUACCGGAACCUGCCGGCAUGCCACCCUGUACACAAGCUCCUCAUCCCGCAUCUGCGGACGACUGCGGCGUUCAACACGAUCCUCCGGGAACGCAUCAUUGCAGAAGGAAGCCCUCUGGACAAAUGCUCCUCCCUGGCCGGCCGUUCCCGUCUUCAGAUGAUGGCGAAGGCCUUCAAGACGUUCCACCUGCAGUCUCUGAACCUGCCGGCCAACCUGGCUGAGCAGGGCACGGACGACGCCAUGAAGCUGCCCGGGUACUACUACCGGGACGACGGGCUGAAGCUGUGGCGCGCCACGGAGAAGUACGUCACCGACAUGCUGGCGCUGUACUACAGGGACGACGAGGCCGUCAGGGAGGACGAGGAGGUCCAGUUGUGGAUCUGUGACUCUCACGACAACGGCUUCAACUGGGAGGACAACAUCGACCGCGGCGUGCCGCGCAUGCUCACGUCGCUAGGGGACCUCUGCGAACUCGUCACCAUCAUCAUCUUCACAGCCACCACUCAGCGUGCAGCCCACGCUAACGGCCAGAGAGACGUGUACUCCUUUAUCCCGAACGCGCCCUGGGCCCUGAUGCAGCCCCCGCCCGCCAUCAAGCGGGUCAGCUCCGACGAUGACGUCGCUAAGGUCCUCCCCGCCAAGCCGGCGUCCCUCCGACAGGCCGCCCUGGCUGACUUCAUCUCCGCAUGCGGGGAAGGGGAGGUGACGCUCGGCAACUUCCCAGAACGCCGUCUGACGGAGGAGGAGGCGCAGGAGGUCAUCGCCGACCUGCAGCUCAACCUGCAGCGGAUCUCCGAGAUCUCGCGAGAACGCAACCUCACGCUCAAACACCCGUACACCUACCUGCUUCCCGAGAAGAUACCCAACGCUAUAACCCCGUGAUAGGGAGAAAAAGAAAGUGAUUAAAGAAAGGGAGGGGCAACCAAAUUGGUUAUAGUAUGGUUGAACCAAAAUCUAGAAGUGUUGGAACCCCCCCAAACCCCCUGAGGCGUCGCGAAAAUCUUGCAUGAAAAAGAUGGAUAAUAUCAUCGUAUAAUUGAGCUAAUGUUAGUCCUAGAGCCUUCAAAAUUCAUAACUAUCAUUUCGUAAAUUUUAAAGCAUAUACGUUAAUAUCUUUGUUGUUUGGGCUUAUAGGAACAUUCCCGGACGUACCUCUUCUUUGUUCUUUCCUUGAUGAGUCUCAGAGUAGUUAGGGAUAAAGGAAUGUGUCAUCACAUAAUGUUUUACUAUAACAUUAUAGAGAUUGUUGCUGUUAGAAUAUUGAUAUUUUAGUGGAACCAGGGACAAUUAGCUUGCACUGAUAUUUAAAAAAUUGUCUUUAAACUGUUAAAAGAAAGUUGCUUAGAUUCUUGUUGAGAGUUCUAAAUAGGAAAACACGUGAAAAGCAACCAUACAUUCCCCUAAGCGAUGAAAUACGUGCAUCAAUGAAGUAUUAGAACAUUAUAAUGUACAGAUAUAUCCAUAUUCAAGGUAAUUAAUUUAAUGGUGCUUAAUUAACAGAGUAAAACUGAUGAUGAAAUUUCUACUACUUCUGGUGGGCAAAAUGAGAAGACAAUGAAAGCAUUACCAGUAAUAUCGUGAUUUGCGCGUCAUAUCUGGCUCUCCGAAUAUUUUCUUUCUACACCACUUUCUGACACUUUUCAUAUAUAUCAUAAUAUUAUAAAUCAAUGUAGAAUUUCCAUGUCUUGUUCUGUAUUCUUAUAGAUAGGUGGUUAGGUGGUUUGUGUUGUUGACUCUGAAGGUUCUGUGUUCGAAUCCCUGGCAGGCCCCGCUGUUGUAUCCUUGGGAAAGGCCCUUUUCACCUAUUUCCUCACCCGUGAACGUGUGUACCUAGCUUCAUUAUUGUGUUGACCCAGUGUUGACGUCACACUUCAAAGAAGCCACGUGACAAUCUUCACUGGGUCAGUCUACUG